CCGGAGCCCUGGGAGGCGGCGGCGGCGGCGGAGGCGACCCCGGCGGGAGGAGCAGCGGGAUCCGCCGCGGGCCUGUCGAUCGGUCGCCGCGCUGCCGGGAGCGGAGGGGUGGCCGCGCCGCGCCCCCGCGCCCCGCCAUGCCGCUCUUCGCCACCAACCCCUUCGACCAGGAUGUGGAGAAAGCAACCAGUGAGAUGAACACUGCAGAGGACUGGGGCCUCAUCUUGGACAUUUGUGAUAAAGUUGGACAGUCACGCACAGGGCCUAAGGAUUGUCUUCGUUCCAUUAUGAAGAGAGUGAACCAUAAGGAUCCCCAUGUUGCUAUGCAGGCUUUAACACUUCUAGGAGCAUGUGUAUCAAACUGUGGUAAAAUCUUUCAUUUAGAAGUCUGUUCAAGAGACUUUGCCAGUGAAGUAAGCAAUGUGUUGAAUAAGGGUCAUCCAAAAGUUUGUGAAAAGCUGAAAGCUCUUAUGGUGGAAUGGACUGAUGAAUUCAAGAAUGACCCGCAGCUUAGUUUAAUAUCUGCUAUGAUAAAAAAUCUGAAGGAGCAAGGAGUCACUUUCCCAGCUAUUGGUUCCCAGGCUGCUGAGCAGGCAAAAGCAAGUCCAGCCCUAGUUGCCAAAGAUCCCGGUGCAGUAGCUAACAAGAAGGAAGAAGAAGAUUUAGCUAAAGCAAUUGAACUGUCACUAAAAGAACAAAGACAACAGCAAACAACACUUUCCAGUUUGUAUCCGAGCACCUCAAGUCUUUUAACAAAUCACAAACAUGAGGGCCGAAAGGUUCGUGCAAUCUAUGAUUUUGAGGCUGCUGAAGACAACGAAUUAACCUUUAAAGCUGGAGAACUUAUAACUAUCCUUGAUGACAGUGAUCCAAAUUGGUGGAAAGGUGAAACUCAUCAAGGUAUAGGAUUGUUUCCAUCUAAUUUUGUUACAGCUGAUCUUUCUGCUGAGCCAGAAAUGAUGAAAGCUGAGAAGAAAACGGUGCAGUUCAGUGAUGAAGUUCAAGUAGAAACAAUAGAACCUGAGCCUGAACCAGUUUAUAUUGAUGAAGAUAAAAUGGACCAGCUCCUGCAGAUGUUGCAAAGUGCAGAUCCAACUGAUGACCAGCCAGACCUCCCAGAAUUACUUCAUCUUGAGGCAAUGUGCCACCAGAUGGGACCCCUCAUAGAUGAAAAAUUAAAAGAUAUAGACAGGAAACAUUCAGAACUUUCAGAGCUCAAUGUUAAAGCAAUGGAGGCUCUUUCUUUGUAUAACAAGUUGAUGAAUGAAGACCCAAUGUAUUCCAUGUAUGCAAAGCUACAAAACCAACAGUAUUAUAUGCAGUCAUCAGGUGUUUCUGGCUCUCAGGUUUAUCCAGGGCAGCCUCAAGGUAAUGCGUAUCUGGUGGCAGGGAGUGCACAGAUGGGCCACAUUCAAGGCUAUAAUCUUCCUCCCGAACAGCUCUCUUCUCUCAGCCAAGGCACAGUUACUCCAUCUGCCAGCUCAGUACUACCUGGUCAGCCUGCACAGACGUCUUACACAAAUGCAAUGGUUGGCUCUGUUGCUGGAAAUACUUACUCUAACCAGGCUUCAGUGUAUAGUCCACCACCUGCUGCUGUUGAUGUUGCUGCUUAUCAGAAUGCUGGAACUAAUAUGUCCCAGGUGCCAAACUAUAACUUAGCAUCUACACCUCUGCCACAGACAGCAGGCAGCCAACAAGCACCUCCACAACAACCACAGCCUCCACCUCCUCAACAGCCCCAGCAUAGCUAUUCACAGAAGGCUCUGCUAUAGGAUCUGGGACUUCUGAUUCCUAAUCUUCUUUAACCUCUGCUAAAGGCAGUUGACGAUGCUUUGAGUCUCUUCCUUUAAUCUCUUAAACUUUGUUUAUCUUCAGCUUAAUAAGAAUCUUUCUUGGUGAACAAGUUCAAUUUGCACUGACUUUUUAGGAUUUUUUUUUUUUUUUUUAAUUUUGCAGAGGAGUGGAUAUAUCUAGGACACUUAAUUCCUUUUAAAACGGCUAAAAAUUGGUACAGGAUUAUUUAUGUCUGGUAAAAUUGGCUAGUCUGUGAAAACUCAACACUUGCAAACUGUUGUGGCAUAUAUGUUAUGUACAUAUAGUGUGUGAUUGCAGUAGUGGCCAUUACGUAUAGCUAUGGUGAUCAUGUGAAUAUAUUUAACACAAUGUUAAAAAUAUUUUACAUAACUAUUUUAUUUUAAUCAUGAACUGACAACCAUGUUUCAUAGUUUUACCUAGUUUUAUGACAGAUGUGAUGUCUUUUUCCAAUACAGGACAAGUGUGGUAAUUCUGCAUAUCAUGGUUACACUUACAGACUAAGGUCUAUACACGAAUUCCAAACUUAUCGGAGUCUAGGUUUCAUUACUUCCUGAACUGAACACAAAUGUGUCAUGACUAUUAGAUGGCUUUAUCUACCAAAGCAAACUAGAUAGCUACUAAAUGAUCUGGGGGAUGAGAACAACAAUUUGUGAUUCUGCUUCACACACAAUUGAUAACCUAAAACUACUAUUCAGAGGCUGCUAAAUGUAUCAUGGGACCAUGCAACAGAUCAGGAUCUUGCAUUUUGUCAUGAGAUGCACAUAAUUUAUUUUUUCCAGGUUGGUUUGUUAUAAUGACAGUGAGAACUGUAUUCUAUGUGUGUUGGUAGAGAGUACACCAAAGACAGAGAAGUUGAGUUGGAGGAGAAAUGGUGGAGUUUUAAACUGGAACGUGCAACAUGAAUAACACAACUUCAUUCAAGUCUUCUUAAUUAGAGAAUUAAUGGAGAAUUAUGGACAUUUAAAUCACUUUGCUGAACAACCUUCAGGGCUUUAUUUGAUCUCUUGUGGCCUUGCUUAUCAGUUUGUUCUAUUUACAGUUUUUACACAAACACUUCUGCCUUAAACGUCAAUUAAUUUUUCAGUUUCCAGUUGUUCUGCAGGUUAAGUUUAUUAGCCCUUCUGUAGUAUGAAUAGAAAAGGCCUCUUAAUUUUGUUGACUUCAACAUUACUUUGAAUUUGCUUCUACAGCAACACGCAUUAGCCUAUUUUGGAACCCUUGCAUUUCUCAGAAACGGAACUAGGUGGCUUUUUGAGGCAUAAUGUUUUCUUUUUGCAGCCAUGGUGCUGCAAAAGGAUUUUGGUAAAGGAAAGCAGAAUUUUGAUAUGUCUGAUCAGACUUUCUUGUACAAGAACUGGUGAUACUUUGCAUUUGUAUUUGAUCUAUUAAUGCAUUCUGGUUUCCUCUUACCUUUUCUGACAACUCUCAUUCCAGACAGAGCAAUACUAGGUGGCUUCAGCAUCAAAGCUGUGUUUUCAGUCUCCUUAAUGUGUAUGCCAGAAAUUGUUUGCUUUUGUGUACUGUAUUUUAGUGUGAUGCUUCUGGAAUUAAAUGUUGCAAUUGUACAUUAUAAUGUAUAUUAACCUCAGUAAUUCCUUAUGCUCCUGCUGUAUGUGUUACCUAACAAGUCUUUGUUUCACUUGUUUUAUAGAGCUGGUGUUCUGUCUCUUAAUCCUUCUGGAUGGCUGUUUUGCCUAACUUUGUAGGCAGGGUGGUUACAAAACAUGCCCCUAGCUGAUGUGUUCCAAUUGGUAAUGUUGUAGCCAGGACAGUGUGUUUCGAUGCUAGAAUGUUCAUGUUUUGAUUUGUUUGUUUCUUUCUCCAGAAUUGUUAAGCACGUUCACAGACUGCUUGUAUUUGGUGUUAACACAAAAGUCUGUGGAAUUUGGAAGGUAGCACUAAUAAAAAAAGAAAAAAGGGGAGAGGGGGGCGGGGGGAGGGAGGGGGAAGAGAAGAAAUUCCAAGGAUUUGUAUAAUAGAUCAUUUGUAAUAGAUUGAAGAGGUGGUUUUCUGUAGAAAGGACGUGUAGUGUCAUUUAGGUAGCGUUCUCUGCAUGCUUUAGCUAUCUUACUGAAAAGCAGAGAAGCAGUGUAUAGGAGUGUAUAAUUUCUACCAGAAGUGUAAGUAACCUCUUACUCUGUACUUCUAUGCCCUGACUCAAGGAGGAUCUUAAAGCAUCGAGGUAGCCCAGCUGACUUUAACAAUUCAUAUUCCUAGUCUUUCAUGCAUCAGUUGACUUAAAAAGAAAAGUUUUCCUUAACCACAACUGGUGCUGAUUUUAGGCUCAGAGUCUAAGCAUCCUAAUUAUUUUUUUUCAUUUCAGAUGCAGUUAUCAGGCCAAGCUGAUUUUGAAGCUCUAUUGCUUCUUGUUUUGGUUCAUUAACCAGGAAUGAUUAAUUUGCCUUCUCACAUGUUUGCAUCCCUUGAUCUAGUGCUUUUCAGUUACAUUUCCUCCUACUUUGCUACGUGCUGCUGCUGCACUAAUUCCUUCACUUAUCCUGUAACUGGUAUUCAGCAAUUACAUUUCAAUUCACCUUUUGGUCCGUGUAGUAUUAUUUGCCUGAAGAUGUCAUUGCUGAUUUUCUCUGCUGUGAUCUAUGUGGUUUCCUUAUUUAUGCAUUAUUUUGAUGAAGUAUAUUCUGAUCAUGUAUAUUCUGUCUUACUAUGGUAUUGAACACUGAAUAUGGGCAAGAGAGGGAAGGAACGUGUACAGCUGCUGUGUGGAAAAGCUUCUUAGCAAAGUACUUGAGUGUCAGGAAGUUAAUCUGUCUGAAAGUUCAGAAUCCCUGGAAAUGACACACCAUUCCUGUUCCAACAGGACACCUAACUUUUUGAAUGUCUUGCUUCCUUACAUGUAAAUUGACAAUGGAAGGCUGAAGUCUUUUCACCACAUUUUGUAUAAACCUUUGUUGCUUCACUCUUUCAUUAAGGAGUACAGAAAUGUUAAUUAAUGGCAGAAGGUAUGUUGUAGUGGCUUGGUUUCCAUGAACUGGAGCAAAAUCUGGAAAGUGCCUUCUGUGUAUUUCUCAGCUAUAAACAAUGUGUUUACCUGUGUGUAUCAUCUCAAUUUAUGUGGGCGUAACAGUGAUGUAAAGAUUUACUGUAAAGCAUCCCAGGAAGAAUACUGAGGUCAGCAUAGAAUCAUAAAAUUAUAGAAUUACCCAGGUUGGAAAAGACCUAGAAAAUCAUGAAGUCCAACCACAGCCUAACCAUAGUACCCUAACUCUAAAAACCCUCUGCUAAAUCAUAUCCCUGAGCACCACAUCCAAAUGGCUCUUAAACACAUCCAGGGAUGGUGAUUCAACCACCUUCUGGAAGCCUAUUCCAAUAUUUAACUACCCUUUCUGUAAAGAAGUGUUUCCUAAUGUCCAACCUAAACUUGCCCUGGUGCAACCUGAGGCCAUUUCCCCUCAUCCUGUCACUUGUCACCAGUGAGAAGAGACUUGUCCCACUCUCACUGUAAGCACCUUUCAGGUACUGGAAGAGGGCAAUAAGGUCUCCCCUCAGCAUGUUAAAAUUUGUUUUGCUACAGUGAUGUUGUGGCAGUAUAUUCAAGAGUGUGCAGUUGAAGCAACAGCUGCCACGUAUUUACCCAUCUCUGCUUAGUAACCAUUACCUGUGCAGAUGUGUGUUUAAUGUCACAAGACAGAAUUCCUGUACAGCAGUCAAACAACCAUGAAGAAGAACAAGAUAGAAGUACUGAAAGCUUCUUAACUGGUGUGGAGCAGCAUAGUGCCCUCGUACAGUGACUCUUCAGAAGUUUCAAAGGGGGACCUAAAACGAAUUUGAGUAACCAGAACUAUAUGUCAUUUUGUCCAAUUGCAAAUGCUUGGAUAAGAGGAGAUAAAUCCGCUUUUAAUAGCAUGAACAUAUUUUGCUGAUCAAAUCUAGGCUGCUGUUAUAGUUCUCCGAUUUCAUCUAGAUGACAGGAACAUCAGAUUUACAAUGGAGAACUGCUUAAUACCUCAUUCUCCAAUUAAUUUUAUAGCAUUUCCUUUAAUAUCACUUACCUUUAUUUUUUUCACUCUCAUUUCAAAGGUUUCUGUGCUGUCUUGUGAGGGUCUUACUUUAUUUCUUGUCUGCUGGGUUUCACAGACUGAAUGGAAAAGAAUGUUUCUGAUUAUCGUGGCUACAAUGGCACUUUGAAUUAUGUGUCUGCAGUUUCCUUUGGAGAAGAUGCAUGCAUCGGUUUUGAAUAAUAAGGGAACAUAAUUUUUCCAUUUAAAAAUCAAGAGGAAUUUUUCAAAAAAAAAAGAAAAAGAAAAAGAAAAAGGAAGAAAAAAAUCAACAUAAAACCUACAAAACUGUCCAUUGUUAGAAGUCAGGCAGAAUCAUUUUAUACUCUUCUGUUCCAUUUUAGUAGCACCGACCAACUUCACACUACAGGUACCCCUUUAUCCUUUUCAGCUGCAAUGAGGAAUACUGACUUUGAUGUGUACGCUAUCCAACACCGUAGUAAGACCUUGGAAGGCCCUGACAUUUGACCUUUUUGCUUCAAUAUGUAAAAACACUAUGUAAGCCUUUUGAAGCCUUGUUUCUGGAGUUAAGAUAUUUGUAUUUAAAAACAUUCCAUUUGCUACUAUGUAUAACCGCAGAUCAAUUUUUCAUGCUGCUACCUUAGCAAAAGGGUAGGAGUUUUUGUUCCUGUCACCUGCAUGUGCUUCUGGAAAUCUAAAUAAUUUCUGUCUUUGUCAUGAAAAAGAAAAGGAGCCUGCUGAAGUCUGUUCUGGUUGUAAUAAAGUGUACACAGUAGCAAAGUGCAUUUUUGGUUUGGUUUGUUUUGAUGCUCCCUUUGAUGUUGGCAUAUGUAUAUAUUUAGAUAUACUGCACUGUUGUACAAGAAUUGUUUUAGUAAAUAACACUAUUUGUAAAAACUGUUAAUUGUUUUUGGUAUGAAUGCAAAGUAUUAAAGUUGGAGUACUUAGUUCA